CAAUAUACAAUAGGCAUUACGCUUUCUCUCGCUCUCAUUUCACGCGUAAGCAAGAUAUGCACCUAUGAAUGAGGUUGUACGAAUAGUACAGUUUAUUCUACGGGCGCGUACGACGGUGUUUAUAUUUAUAGAUAGAAAAGUUGUAUUUUGCAGAAACGGAUUGAUUGGGCGCUAAAUAUUUUUUUUCAAAUCUGUAUACUGUAUAGCAACAUUCCAAUAAAUAACUUGACUUUGAGUAAUAAAUCCACACACAUUUGUUUUUCUAGCAUCGAACAGGUAGGAAUGUAUGUAUAUUAAAUUCAUGACAUUAACACAAGGGCCUGAUCGAUUGCAUUAUCGGAACUAAGAUACCGCUCUAUGCCUGCUCGUUCAUACACGGUAUUGUACAUAGACAUAUGCGGACGUAGAUAUGAGUCACUAAUCAACGAGACACGGAUAAAGUCGGUUGUGUGUUCACAGGUGCACGGGAUUUCUUUCCUCGAAUUUUCUGAUUGAAGCGGUCUUUCAACCGCACUUAGAACAUCGACGAAGUGCCCAGUUAUAAAGUGAUGCUACAAAGUGAAAGUUUUGUACGGCUUAAUAGCAUUUUUGUGUGUGCUUUUUAAAGUUAGCCGGACCACAAAUCAAGUGACGGCAUUUACUAUCUAAUCAAAGAUCUAAUUAAUUGUAUCGGCGAGGAAUUUUGUUGCAUGUUCCGAAAGACUCGCGAAAUAUGGCUUAUUUAAACAACCAGCAGCAAGUGCAGAUCUCAAUGGGUGGUCAACACGAAAUUAUUCCCCUCCAACGGAUGACAACCCGGGAAGAAGCAACAGAGAGACAACGAAUCCGUGACAUUUUCGAUAAGUACGACAAGAAUGGCACUGGAUUAUUAUCUAUUCAAGAACUGAAACGUAUGAUCAAUCAUCGAAGAUGCCCUGAUUUACCAAAAGGGUUCGUAAAGAAACUGCACAAACAAGCAGAUCAAAACAACGAUGGACAGUUGGAUUUUGAAGAGUUUUACCAGAUGUCUCGGGAACAUCAGUACCUUUUCCGGGACAUGUGUGUCCGAUACUGUCGACUAGUAGUACCGAGUAGGAAUCCAGCCGUAGCAGAUGAACCCGAUGGCGAAUAUGAACGCAGUAUGACUUUUUGUCCCCCACCGUUGACAAUGAUAAUAUUUUCAAUCGUGGAAAUUAUUUUCUUCGCUAUCGAUAUUGUCAAAACCAAUAAUCAAUUAGGAACUAGCACAAACGGACCAAUGGCAACACUUUUUAUUUACAAUCCUCAACUAAGGCAGCAAGCAUGGCGAUUUGUAACUUAUAUGUUCGUGCACAUUGGAUUUAUGCACAUUGUGAUGAACCUGUUAGUUCAGAUAUUCCUUGGAGUGGCAUUAGAACUUGUGCACUGCUGGUGGAGGGUGGCGUUAGUAUACCUGGCAGGUGUACUAGCAGGCUCCAUGGGGACGUCCAUAUUUUCGCCAAGAGUAUUUCUAGCGGGGGCUUCAGGUGGAGUUUAUGCACUUAUCACUGCUCACAUCGCGACAAUCAUAAUGAACUGGAGCCAAAUGGAGUAUGCGAUCGUGCAAUUGUUUGUGUUUCUUGUGUUCUGUGUUACUGAUUUGACAGUAUCGAUUUACAAUAGCUUCAACGAUCCAUUCGAUAAAGUCGGUUACAUCGCUCAUGCCAGUGGAGCCUUGGCUGGUUUUCUGGUGGGAAUCGGAGUGCUUCGUAAUCUCAAGGUCAAUCCGUGGGAGCGAAAAUUGUGGUGGUUUGCUGUAACAAUAUAUUUCCUGUUGAUGGGUGGUGGUAUUAUGUAUCAUAUAUUCUACCCAAAUCAUUUUUAUCCAGUGUUCGCCUAACUCACUCAAAAAGACGUAUAGGUAUGAAAGUUAAUUUGAUUUACAUGUUUCGAAAUGUUUUAUUCAAGUUAAGUCAACUAAAUGAUUUCACUGCAAUGAGAUGUUCGAAGUUCCGUCGAAUCGGCUACAACGUGCCUUUUACAAGUGCCUGUAUGCUACUUAUGAUAUACCUACUUAAGAACUCAAGCACAAAGUUUCUUCCGUACAAUGAUUAGACUUAGCAUUUGGACAAUGGCAUUUACAUUGACAAGUAAAGCUUAGCUUUGAAUAUUCCAAUUUAGCAAAAUAUUAUUUUUGCAUUUUACUAUCUAUUAGCUACUGUUUAGCUUUAAUUGUUAUUUUGAAAAAUGUUAUAGAUUUACUAUUAAAAUAAAGUUUAAUGGCAUCAAUGAAGUAUUAUAUUCUUUCAAAAAAUCUAUGAAAAAAUAUAU